UGGAGGACGUUCUCGGGACCCGCCACCGGAAGCCAGGCUUCUACUUCCGGGCCAAAGCCAUGGCGGUGGCAAAUUCAAGUCCAGUCAAUCCAGUGGUCUUCUUCGAUGUCAGCAUUGGCGGCCAGGAAGUUGGUCGCAUGAAGAUCGAGCUCUUUGCAGACGUGGUGCCUAAGACGGCAGAGAACUUUAGGCAAUUCUGCACUGGAGAGUUCAGAAAAGAUGGCGUUCCGAUAGGAUACAAAGGUAGCACCUUCCACAGGGUCAUAAAGGAUUUCAUGAUUCAGGGUGGCGAUUUUGUUAAUGGCGAUGGUACUGGAGUCGCCAGUAUUUACCGGGGUCCAUUUGCAGAUGAAAAUUUUAAACUUAGACACUCAGCUCCAGGCCUGCUCUCCAUGGCAAACAGUGGUCCCAGCACAAAUGGCUGCCAGUUCUUUAUCACGUGUUCUAAGUGUGAUUGGCUGGAUGGAAAACAUGUAGUGUUUGGAAAAAUCAUUGAUGGACUUCUAGUGAUGAGGAAGAUCGAGAAUGUUCCCACAGGCCCCAACAAUAAGCCCAAACUGCCAGUGGUGAUCUCACAGUGUGGAGAAAUGUAAUCUAGACAAGACGGAACCAGGCGCGGCAGAGAACUUUGCUUGGCAUCCCAGUCAGUCCUGAUCAGUCCUGCUGGCUUAUGCUGAUUCAACCGAGGUCUGGCUAUUUCUGCUGGAUCGUGCCAUUGCUGCUGAUUUGAGUUUGCUAUCCUGACACUACUGAACUGGACUGCUGGUAUCCUGACAAUUGGAGACUGAAAUGGCCCCAAGGAACUACUUCUAAACCACAUACAGCAGAGCCUCUCACUUUCCUCUGGAUAGACCUGUUGUUGCUGAUUUUUGUGAACUGAAUUGAUGAUAUCCUAACAACACAGACUGGAUUUGCUCCAAAGAACUAUUUCUAAACAAGUCCACUUCCCCAAUAACCUAAUAAUGGUUCCCAUUACCUCUGGUGGGUGGUGGACUGACUAGAAGGGAGGGUAAAAGCAUUUCAGAACCCUUAUUAAAAGUAACUUAUUAAAAGCCUA